AUGAAGUUCCUCUCGUCCCUUUUGCUGCUUCUGACCGGUGCCGACGCAAUCAAUGCUCAUCCCGCGGCCGCGGAGCGGUUCACGCGUGAGCUGGAGGUAGCUAGUCCCAACCUAUCAGGAUUUGCUCUGCGAGCCUGCCAACAAAGAACACCGAACUGCAGCCGCCUGGAUUAUUUCAUCUCUAGAAUCACAUCAGGAAUCCGAUACGCCCUGGCACUUAUCUUCAUAAUUUUCGGAAAAAAUGGCGCCGAGGUAGCAAUUCGUCCUGGUGGGCCAGUUCGCCGAAUAAAUGCAAGAAGCUACUUGGAAAUGGCCACCAGUGCUCUGAAAGCAAGCAGUUUGCAAUUUGCCAUCAUCGAGGCGGACGACGACCUGCCCGGCGUCGAGAAACAAUCCUCGGAUGAGCUAGAUCUAGCCGAGAGAUUCCUUAUCCGCGGCCUGUAUCAUGGUGAGCUGGGCAACGAUGCGACUAAUAUUUGGGUCAGUAAUUACAGUAAUGGCGAUAGUGCCCUUCAAAUUGCCCCGGAGUAUGGUCAGCAGGACGGCAACUCUACUGUGACUAGGCGCUGGAAUAAGCCUGGCUUCAAAAUCGCUUACGCCACGAGAAAGGCGUCUCAACUUAAUGAGCAGGAGGCCCUGAAGAUGGCUAGGCAUAUUAGUCUGAAGUGGCAGAGCAUGACUCUUGGCAAGGGUAUCUCGGACUUCAUAGGGUUUGUGGAGACAGGUCACACGGCAAACUUCUAUUUCCGCAUUAUUCCAGAGGACAGGAAGUUCGGGUUGAACUACGAAAGUGCGGAUAUCUGUAGCAGUAUGACGGGGGUGUUCUAA